AUGGUCGUGAAGCCUGAGGUUGUUGUACGACCGCGAGCUUCGAUUCCAUCACGACUUCCUGCAGAUGUAUUUGCCAGCCAAUGCAUCGAAGCGGCGACAUCCUCCCGACUGGACCCAUACUCUCUACAUCCGAGCGAGCAUAAAUUAUUGGCCGAUUUGCUGAUGUCAAAGGAAGUCACCGUCUAUCUCAAUGUACGGAACGCGAUCCUCAGAUUAUGGACACAAAAUCCGCUUUGCAGCGUUACACGAGAAGAAGCCGCUGGGUGCGCAAAGGAGAGUCGUUUCUUUGGAAUCGCCGAAGUGGCCUAUCGCUGGCUGAUCCGCAAUGGCUACAUCAACUUCGGCUGCGUCGAAGUUCCGAAGGAUCCCUCUCUACCGAAAAAGAUGAGCAAAGACAUGCGGCAGAGAACGGUGGUGGUGGUCGGAGCAGGCGUUUCCGGCCUUACAACAGCACGCCAGCUGGAAAGUCUCUUCAUGCAAGAAGCAGCCAAGUGGGUGGAGAUGAAUGAACGGCCUCCACGUGUCAUUGUUCUGGAGGGUCGCAACAGAAUAGGUGGACGAGUAUACUCAAAGCCACUCCGAAGCCAGAUCGAGGGCAGUCUGCCGGAUGGUUUGCGCAAUACGGCAGAGAUGGGUGCGAUGAUCGUGACAGGGUUCGAGCAUGGUAACCCGCUGGACACAGUCAUAAGAGGGCAGUUGGGCCUGCGAUACCACCUCAUGAGAGACGCAUUGACGAUUUACGAUACCGACGGCAAGCCCAUUGAAGAGGAAAGAGACAUGCUUAAUACAGAGCUAUACACCGACAUCUCAGAUCGAGCGGGAGCAUACCGAGCGGAGGCACAAAAGCAGGAUACAUUGCGCGGCGACGAAGACCUCAUCAAUCGGUGUCGAGACCCUCCACCGGAUGGAUUCACAGCUUUCACACUCGAGCCGCUUCCUGAUGCUCACAUCAAAUCCCAUAAGCCAUCUGCGAGAAGAGGAAGACGUCGCAACGCUCCUCCUGGGACUGAGAAGCUUACAGGGAGGAGUCAGGUCAUCGAGGGCGGCAGUGCCAUGCAUAGCGCUUCCCGAGCGGCCAAAGACAUGGGUUGGGAAGUCAGAGAUGGCGUGGCGAAGAACCAAAGCGUGUCGUUGCACAAGGCCGCUGCAUCGCGGACGCACCCAACGCUUGGUCAUGUGAUGGACGAGGCCAUCGUCCAAUAUCAGGACUUGAUCGAUCUCACUCCGACCGACAUGAGACUCCUCAACUGGCACCAUGCCAAUCUGGAGUAUGCAAACGCUGCACCUGUCACAUCCUUGAGCUUGAGCGGGCACGAUCAGGACACUGGAAACGAGUUCGAAGGGGCCCAUUCCGAGAUUGUCGGCGGCUAUACACAGCUUCCUCGUGGGCUGAUGAACCUUCCGACCAGGCUCGAUGUGCGUUUCGGUCGUGUCAUCGACAGCAUUCACUACGACAAUGGCGACGAUACUGGCAGCCCACUCACUACCAGGAUUGUCUGCACGGACGGAGAGGUCAUCGAGGCAGAUGAAGUUGUGAUCACGGCACCUCUCGGGGUGUUGAAGACCAGCAUGAUUGAUUUCGACCCGCCUUUGCCGGAUUGGAAGCGAGGCGCCAUCAACAGGAUGGGCUUCGGUCUGCUGAACAAGGUUGUUCUCCUGUACGACGCACCUUUCUGGGACGACGAACGCGACAUGUUCGGCCUGCUGAACGAAGCCGAACGUAAAGGCAGUCUCAAUCCCGCCGACUACCAAAGAAAGAGAGGCAGAUUUUAUUUGAUAUGGAACGCCACCAAGAUAAGCGGACGGCCAAUGCUCGUCGCACUCAUGGCCGGCAACGCUGCGUUCGACGUCGAGCAAACCGAUACCACCACGCUCCUGAGUGAAGUCACGGAGAGACUUCGCAGCGUCUUUACAUCCACCAAAGUCCCUGCACCGCGCGAGGUGAUUGUCACGAGAUGGAAACGAGACCCGUUCUCAAGAGGCACAUACUCGUACGUCGCGCCAGAAACCCGACCAGGCGACUACGACCUCAUGGCCAGGUCGGUGGGCAACCUGCACUUUGCCGGAGAAGCCACGUGCGGAACUCACCCUGCCACUGUGCACGGUGCAUUCCUCUCUGGCUUGCGAGUGGCCUCGGAAGUCAUGGACGACAUGGCGGGUCUGAUUAGUAUUCCGAACCCGCUCGUCGCUGCAGCCCCGAUCAAGCAGGAGCAGACAUCAGACCCCACAUCAAACUCGAACCCGGCCUCGAACCACCCCUUCACCCUCUGCAACCACUCGUCAAAGGCCCUCCCCAAAAAUCCUACCUCCACCUCCGUCAACGAAACCCUCAUCCUCGCGACCAUCCACGCUCGACUCGGCGACCGUCCUCUCAAACCCGCGCGACCGGGCGUUAACCCUUUCCUGCUCUUCACGAAGUCCAAGUGGGAGGAGUGCAAAGCUUACUGUGCGGCGGAGCUGGCGAAUUCAGGAAGGGACAUGAUUCGGCAGACGAUUGGGAAGUGGUGGAAAGCCGCGGGAGAGGAGGAGAAGGAGCCGUUUGUCAAGGCGAGUCGCGAGGCGCAGGAGAUUGCGGAUGCAGCGAGGAGGGAGUGGGAGGAAGGAGGAAAGAGGUGGGAUGAGGAGGCGGCUAGAGUGAGGAGGGAGGUUGUAGAGGAGUUGAAGAACGAGGCUGGAGGAGGUGGUGGAGCGAGUGUGAAAGAGACGGAUAAUGGUGUUUAG